GGCGGGGCAGGGGCGGGGCCUGGCGCGCCCGGGGAGGAAAUUGACAGGAAAUUCACCGGCAGGGGCGCGGCGCCCGCUGGCACCCGGCUGAGCCGAGCGCGUCCCUGCAGUGAGCGCACGACCCGCCCGCUGAGACCCGCUCGCCCGGACGCCGACGGCGACCCAAACUGAAAAAAUGGUUGACGUCAGCCAGUUAAUGGAAAAUGAAGUAUUCAUGGCCUUUGCCUCCUAUACGACAAUUGUUCUCUCAAAAAUGAUGUUUAUGAGCACUGCAACUGCAUUCUAUAGAAUCACAAGAAAGGUUUUUGUCAACCCAGAGGACUGCUCAGGCUUUGGCAAAGGAGAAAAUGCCAAGAAAUACCUUCGGACUGAUGACAGGGUGGAACGCGUCCGAAGAGCUCACCUGAAUGACAUUGAAAACAUCGUGCCAUUUCUGGGCAUUGGCCUCCUGUAUUCUCUGAGUGGCCCGGAUCUCUCGACAGCCCUCCUGCACUUCAGACUCUUCGUUGGAGCCCGCAUUUAUCACACCAUCGCAUAUUUACUGCCCCUCCCCCAGCCAAAUCGAGCUUUGGCCUUUUUUGUUGGAUAUGGAGUUACCAUUUCCAUGGCCUACAGAUUGCUGAAGAACAAAUUGUACUUGUAAAGAAAAUCAGCAACAUUGCCUGAGUUGUAAACAACUCAUCAACUGAUUUUCUAAGAAUUCCCUAUUUCUAAUGACACAUAUUUUCUUAGACUGGAAAACAAGAAUUGGGGGAAAAAAUCUAUUUUGCAUAUUCAAAGUCUUAAACAGAUGUCUUUGUUCUUAUCUGAUAUUUGACUAAAAAUUUAACUUGAUCUUUAAGUCUUUAAAUAUUUGGUGGUAAAUUUCCAUAACUUGUAACAUUUAUUCAGUGCUUCAUGUUUUGAAUCUAAAACAAGGGGAUCACAUGUACGUCAAACCUGUAUUUUGAUAUUUCUGAGAUGGGCAUGUGAAAUAAAGAAUCUAUAGAAUAAUUUAUCUGGCUUUAUGUUAUUAACUUUAUUUCCUCAAGUUUCAAAUUUAUGGAAGAGGAGAAAAGUAGCUCAGUCAACCUCUGUACGGCUAGUCAUACUUGUCACCCAGUGUCCUGUUCCCCCAUUCCAUCUUGAAAGUAAGUUGCAUAUACCAUACUCCUUCUCUCCUAAGUACUUCAAUAUUUGUCUCCCAUGAGCAAUACCAUUUCUGAAUAGACCCAAUUUUUUCACACCCCAAAUUCACCAUGCUACUUAAUAUAGACAAUUCAUACUUAAAUUAGAUCAAUUCUCUCAAUAAUGUCCUUUGUACCUAUUUUGAUUUGAUCCAGGCAUUAGAUAAAGACUACAUACUGCAUUUUUCAUUUGUUAGGAUUUUAGUUUUUUUUUUUUUUUCAUGUAGUGGAAGAGUUCUUUUACCUUAUUGUGGCCUUCUAUGUCAUUGAGGUUUUUUGAAGAGUGUAGGCACAAGGUUUGACAUCAUGACUGUUAAUCAACUUUUGUUUUUUAUAUACUUUUCUUACUCUUACGCUUAAAUUAAAUAUUUUGAUGUCAUAUCCUUCCUAUUAUACAUUAAUAGGUAAAGCCCGAUAGUUAGCAACACUCUUGAUAAUAAAUUUGAUUCAUUCAGCAAGAUGGUAUCAACCAGAUCUUCUGUUAUGAAAGUAUCAUUUUAUCUCUGUAACCAUUUGCAGGCUAAUAACUGAUGCUGCAUCUCUCAUUCUCUAGAUUUACCCAGUGGUCUUACAACCUAGAGAUGUUCAGUUCUGUACUGAUAUUCAAACAUAAAUAAAUACAGAAACUCACAAUACUUAUAGAAGUAUACAAACCUAUAAACACACCUGUCAAACCUAUACAUUCACAUAAUUUAGAUAAUUUUUUCUCUUUAAAGGAAUUACAAAUGAGGUGCUUUUUUUUAACAAUUUGCUAAUGUUAAUCAUGUUUUGCUUCUAAAUCAUGAGUUCAUCUUGAAAAUGAAUAAACUAGUUAAUAAGAGCCCUUUUGUUUGCAUAAUCAAAAAAUGCUAUUAUUUUUGCUGGGGAAAAGGGGACGAGCUUUUAAAAAUUUUGAUGCUUUUGCUCAAAUUUAAAUCAAUUGUUAAUUUUCCUUUGUAUCACUUGAUUAAUCUCAGUUCUAAAUAAAUUUCUCUUAGUGCUUUUAGCAGGUUUGGUUGUUAAAAUUUGCACACAAAAGAGAAAUCUUUGUGUAAUAUUUUUAGUUCCAUAAUGGAACAACUCUUAAAUCUUUGCGAGUCUCUGCUUAUUUUCCCAAUGUUAAAAUCAGUUUGUAUCAUGAUCUUAGCUUCAGAAAAUUUUGUGAUAGAAACUUUCAAGUUUGAAGGCAGCAUGAACCAGAAAAGUUCAACAUUCAAGGAUUGUUCUGCUCUCUCUCAUUUCUAUUUAAUUUUUUUUUGUAUUUUAUAACGUAGUUCACAAUAUUUGAUUACAUUUAAUAUCUGAACACCAAUACCACUACCAAUAUACCUUCUCAUAUUUGGGAUGUUCCCAUCCUGAACCACAUUCCCUGCCCCAAAGCAGAACCGAAAUAAUUUAUUUUGUAUUGUUUGUUCUGAAAAACCACUGAAAAUGCUCCAAAAAAAGUUUUCUUAGAAGAAGGAGUGUGAAGAUUGUUGUAUUUCACGCAGGUGCCAUUAAACCCUUCUAUAAGCGA